AGGGUGGCUCGGUCCCUUCCCCUGAGGUUUUUCCUCGCGCAAGGUGGCCUCCCUCCUCCCCAGCUGCGUCUUUCCCGGCUGCGGGCUCCCAGCCAGCUCCGCUCUGCCGUGAGCCCAGGGCCCGCCCUGCUCAGAGCCAGCACCUGAGCCGCGGGCGGCCGGAGCGCUGGGCCAGGUGGCUCUGCCGCGGGCAGCCGGAGCCUGGGGCUGGGAGAGCCCAUUGCUCAGCGCGGGGACGGGCAGCAGCAGCCGCAGGCGCGGGGGGAGGAGGAGGAGGAGGAGGAGGCGGCAGAGCAGCCGCCGCCGCCGCCGCCUGGGUACGCAGAGAGCCGGGCAAACAUGGUCGCUGCUCACGCUUCCCAUUCGUCCUCCUCCAGCGAGUGGAUCGCUUGCCUGGACAAAAGACCAUUGGAACGUUCCAGUGAAGAUGUAGAUAUUAUAUUCACCCGAUUGAAAGAAGUGAAAGCUUUUGAGAAAUUUCAUCCAAACCUCCUUCAGCAGAUAUGUCUCUGUGGAUACUAUGAAAAUCUGGAAAAGGGAAUCACAUUAUUUCGUCAGGGUGAUAUUGGAACAAAUUGGUAUGCAGUUUUGGCAGGAUCACUGGAUGUUAAAGUUUCGGAUACGAGCAACUACCAGGAUGCUGUAACAAUAUGUACCCUGGGAAUAGGAACAGCUUUUGGAGAGUCAAUUCUGGAUAACACCCCUCGCCAUGCUACUAUUGUUACCAGGGAAUACAGUGAGCUCCUUAGAAUUGAGCAGAAGGAUUUCAAAGCACUUUGGGAGAAAUAUCGACAGUAUAUGUCAGGACUUCUGGCUCCUCCUUAUGGUGUUAUGGAAACUGGCUCUAACAAUGACAGGAUGCCUGACAAGGAGAAUAUAUCUAGCAAUACUCUUUGUCCAGUAUCUAAAAACUGUAAUAAGACACCUCUCAUUGAACCUCACAUUCCACUUUGUCCUGCUAAAACUAUUACACAGGUGCCAUCAGAAAAGAUCCUCAGAGCUGGAAAGAUUUUACGCAAUGCAAUUCUUUCCCGAGCACCUCAUAUGAUAAGAGAUCGUAAAUAUCAUCUGAAGACUUACAGGCAAUGUUGUGUAGGAACAGAACUGGUCGACUGGAUGAUGCAACAAAGUCCUUGUGUUCAUUCACGAACACAGGCUGUUGGCAUGUGGCAAGUAUUGCUGGAGGAAGGUGUUCUGAACCAUGUGGAUCAGGAACACCAUUUCCAAGACAAAUACUUGUUUUAUCGAUUUUUGGAUGAUGAACAUGAAGAUGCCCCAAUGCCAACUGAGGAAGAGAAGAAGGAAUGUGAUGAGGAGCUGCAGGAUACUCUGCUUCUGCUAUCUCAGAUUGGUCCCGAUGCCCAUAUGAGGAUGAUUCUCAGAAAACCGCCUGGCCAGAGAACUGUAGAUGAUCUCGAAAUUAUAUAUGAAGAACUUCUUCACAUUAAGGCCUUAUCUCAUCUUUCUACCACAGUAAAGCGAGAAUUAGCAGGUGUUCUAAUCUUUGAGUCACAUCCCAAAGGAGGAACUGUCUUAUUCAAUCAAGGAGAAGAAGGUACUUCUUGGUACAUUAUCCUAAAGGGGUCGGUGAAUGUAGUCAUUUAUGGCAAGGGUGUGGUAUGUACCCUACACGAAGGAGAUGAUUUUGGCAAGUUAGCGCUAGUGAAUGAUGCUCCAAGAGCAGCGUCUAUUGUUUUACGAGAAGAUAACUGCCACUUCUUGAGAGUAGACAAGGAGGACUUCAAUAGAAUACUUAGGGAUGUAGAAGCAAAUACAGUAAGACUCAAAGAACAUGACCAAGAUGUCUUGGUAUUGGAAAAGAUCCCAGCAGGAAACAGAGCUUCUAAUCAAGGAAACUCACAACCUCAGCACAAGUAUACUGUGAUGUCAGGAACUCCAGAGAAAAUUUUAGAACACUUUCUAGAAACUAUGCGCCUUGAAUCAACUUUAAAUGAAGCGACAGAUAUUGCUGUCAGCAACACCAGUAUUAUUACUACAUGGAGAAAAUGAAGUUCACCAUCCCUGAACCCACUAAUUGAGAAUUAAACAAAAAUCUGCAUUAUUAUAGAUAAUUGUGACCGAUUAUCUUACUACACCUGUGGAUGUUGCUCACCACCACUCCAUUAACCCUCUUGUUGCAUCUUCUCUAACUCAGAUUGUUAGCUCUUUGGGGCAGGGGACUCUCUUUUACUAUAUGUCUGUAGAGUGCCUAACAGAGUAGGGCUUCCACUCUGGUUGAAUCAUCUAGCCGCCAUAAUAUAAACAAUAAUAAUAAUCUACAGCAAAUUUUAACAAGCAGUGUGAGGAAUCCUAAAUUUUAUCUGAAUAAACAAAAAGGAAACUAAAACUUGCAUUGUACAGCAUUAAGCUGGAACAAAUUACCAUAUUAUCAAUAUCAUGCACUUAAGAAAAAAUGAAACAAACAUUGAUCAAUAUCUCAUACCUCAUUCAGUUCUGAAGGAGUCUGAGAUAAUGAAGGAUUCACACUUUAUCCAAAGAAUUUAAUCUCUGGAAAGCGAGUCAAAUGAUUGGGAAUGUAAUAGGUGACUGGCUCUCUAAGGAGAGGUGGGGCAGUUCCAUCCGUGACACACUUAACUUGCCUCCCCAGGAGGAAAAAAUUAGCAAAGUCAUGUGACACGCAGAUCAUGUGGCUAAAUAGGGACCUUGGGGAUGCCAAUAAAACUUCUGAAAAUCCAGAAGACUUAAAGUGUGAACCCCUGAGAGUUGCCACUCAGUAAAAACAGGGAGGCCUACAGAUUGUGACUGUGCAGAACCCGGGAAGGGCUGAAAGUUGAGCCUACCUUCCCAGCCAAAAAACAGCAGCUUCCCAAACAGUACCCAAUAACACUAGUCCAUUUCUCUUUCGUACCCGUGUGUGUGUGUGUGUACAUGUGUACCAAAAUAUAUGUAUAUUAAUACACACACACACACACAAGUAAACAAACGUUAUAUAUGUAGGAAAUGGGCUCCAGCCAUGAACAUUAAGGUCCAGAUAUCCCAAAGUCAGGAUUUGUUCAUAAUUGCAGUUUGGUUUGGACCAUUUUUAAUAUGAAUUGAAUACAAAAUCUUCAGGAAAACACACAGCUUUUAGAAGUUCUAUGUUGGGGCCAGUCAUGUUUGUUUCUCUCUCAAUUUCUCAACUCUCUCUUCUCAUAAACUCUCACAAAAUCUUCCAUCCAGAAUGUGAUCAUGAUGCAGUGAUCUUGUUUCGAAUAUUACAUCAGUGUCAACAGCUUCACUGACUUCCACAACUGAAGCACUUUACCUGCUUUACCAACAAUUUAGUGACAUAGUUUUCAGCAGAUUGUUUUGAGUUUGCUCUUCAAUGCACAGAUAAAUUGUUGUGAACUCACGAGCCUGGAGGGCGGUGUUUUUUAUUUCACCUGAUUCUGAGCCUCCAAUGAAAAGUGUAAAGUAGCUGUAAUCAUCUGAUCAAAAAUGUGUCUCAUGUAAACACAACAACAGUUUAGCCAUUAAACCUUUAUACUUGCAUUGGGCAACUACAGAAAAUACAUUGUAUGUUUUGUUAACUUUAUUUACCAUAAUACCAACAAGAAUUUACACUCCAUGACAGUGAUGAACAUUGGCUUUACACAAUUAUUAGUUAUUAGUGUAGUUAAAUUUUGAUUGUAUAGAUAGAAGAACAGACUCAAAACUUGCUACUGCUUCCUAGCAAUGAUAUUUUAUGUCAACAUAACUAAGAUCUAAGUACAGAGCUGUAACCAUGUUGGUGUUGAUUCAUGUUUCACAAUUAACUGCAUAUCUGACACUUACUUAUUGCGAAAAUACAUAAUAUUGUGUUUCUAACUGCAAACUGUAAUGCAUCUACAACAUGUAGAAUUAAGAGGUUUUCACUAACUUGCACCAUGAUAACAUUAAUAAAGGAGCCAUUGUGAGCCAAAUUAAAAAUAAGCAAAUGAGCAGUAAAAAUUACUGUUGCCUGUGGUGAGUCAGUUAAUAAGUAGGUAAAAAUAUAUGAAAUAAUAAAUGUUUGAAAGGUAGAAACAGCAUGAGAAAAAUGACUCAGUGGAAUGUUAAAUUUGCUGCCUGAAACAUUAGAGAGCAUAGCCUGCAAUAUAUUAUUUACUUCCUGUGAUCCUCGGACUUACGCACUCUCAUAAAUAGGUUGACAUGUUGUUUCCCUAGUCAUGUUAAAUCCAUUCUAAACUAAAUUAGAAUGCAGAUCUCUGUUCAUUCUCAAAAGCUUAGCAGUC